GUGUGUGUCAGAUUAGCAGCGACUUAUUUCUGUUAGUUGUUUUUAAACCUCUGCAACAACUAAUAUCAGUUUGUCAAGGAAAUAUAAUGACACUUGUAUGCUCAUAUAGUAGGGCUGUGUCUCAAAAUCUAACAAGCUGCCUACCUAGGACGCAUUGUUAGACAUUACAAGCAAGCAGUCCAACCAAUGAGUGAUCAUGUCUGGGGUGAAAAGGAAAAUAGAGGACAAAGAUCCUGACUAUGAGGACAUCACUCAAGUUCAGGAGAACAAGAGGAGUAAAGUGGUGGAGCAGAAUGCCUGUGAAGCUGCAGUGCAGAAGAUUGAAGUGAUCAUCAAGGAUCAGUUUUCUCUUGAGAUGAAGAAUAAAGAGCAUGAGAUCGAGGUUAUCGGGCAGAGGUUGAAUGAGGCCAGGAGAAUGAUGGACAAGCUCAGAGCGUGCAUUGUUGCAAACUACUAUGCCAAUGCUGGCCAGCCUAAAGUCCCCGAGGCCUCUAAAAGUGACCCAUCUGUGCUGAACCACCCUGCCAUAAAACGCUUCUUGGAUUCCCCCUCCCGCUCCUCGUCUCCACUGAACCAGAAUUCAGAGACCCCAUCACAGGUCCAGUCUGAGACCGAGUCCCUCAGCCAACAUGGGGAGGCUGGGGAGAGGGAGAUGGACAGUGGGAGAGAGGACGGCGCUCCACGUGAACGCCGACCUGGCAGGAACACAGGAAAAGACACAUUUGGUGUGCCAUCAUCCUUAGAGCAGCAUGUGACUUACCACACUACAGGAGAUGAGGCUUCUCGGCUCUACAUGAAGAAAACCAUUGUUGUGGGCAACGUGUCUAAGUAUAUUGCCCCUGAUAAACGUGAGGAGAACGAUCAGUCCACUCAUAAAUGGAUGGUGUAUGUUCGAGGUUCUCGCAAAGAGCCCAGUAUCGAUCAUUUUGUGAAGAAAGUCUGGUUCUUCCUGCACCCCAGCUACAAGCCCAAUGACCUUGUGGAAGUCAGUGAGCCACCAUUCCACCUGACCCGUCGAGGGUGGGGAGAGUUUCCUGUCCGUGUGCAGAUUCACUUUAAAGACCAACGGAACAAACGUAUCGACAUCAUCCACCACUUAAAGCUUGACAGAACAUACACAGGUUUACAGACUUUGGGAGCUGAAACGGUGGUGGAUGUUGAGCUCCACAGAAACUCACUAGGUGAUGACUUCAUCCCCUCUGCUCCCUCAUCUUCAUCAUCAUCAUCAUCAUCAUCAUCUUCCUCUCAUCUGCCAUUUGUGGGCGGGUCUGGUUCCUCCUGCACAGCUACCCAAGGCUCUCGGCGGCCCUCCUCUCACUCUCUGCACGCUCAUGAUGAUCAGCCCAGCUCAGAUAGAGUUCCAGGUGUGACUGUCAAGAGUGAGUCGGUGCGUUCUUCAUGUUCUGAGCGAACUUCACAGUCAAAUAGGUCUGAGAAAAUCACCCUUGGUUCCCACGGAAACUCAGCCUUUCAGCCAAUCACAGCCAGCUGUAAGAUAAUUCCACAAGGGCAAGUGCCCAGUCCCGCUGAAUCACCUGGGAAAUCAUUUCAGCCAAUUACGAUGAGCUGCAAGAUUGUGUCUGGUUCUCCUAUCUCCACCCCUAGUCACUCUCCUCUCCCCCGGACAUCAUCAUCCACGCCAGUGCACAUGAAGUCCAGCCCCUCAGUAAUAAAUAACCCCUACAUUAUCGUGGACAAACCAGGCCAAGUCAUUAAUAUGGCUGCAUCGACAUCUGCAGCUACAGGUAGUCCGAUGGCCAAGCAGAGCAGCACAGCCCAUGGUGCUCGAUCACCUGCUCCUAAAGUUCACACCAGCAGCUUCCUGUCCUCUGGGGUCAAGGUUAUAAUCAAGCAAGAACCAGGAGAGGUGCCCACCCAGCCGUCACCACAGCAACAGGUCGUCUCCACAGCAGCUUCCCAGCAGCAACAACAGUAUGUGACAGUGAAGGGAGGUCACAUGAUAGCCAUGUCGCCGCAAAAACAGAGUGGGGCAGGGACUGGAGGUGCCACACCCAGCAAGGUUUUGGGGAUUUCACUGGGCUCUGCUGUCAAACAGGUCUCUAUGAGCAGCGGGCAGAUCUUGGUCGCUAAGUCCAGCCCCUCUGUGUCCAAGGUGGUGGGCCAAAAGCAAGUGGUAGCACAGGGUGUCGCUAAAGCAAUCGUCAGUGGAGGAGGCAGCGGUGCAAGCGGCAUCACGGGACAGCAGGUGCAUGCUGUUACCAAGGCAGCAAGUGGGUCUGGAGGAAGUGGCAAGAGUGGAGUUAUGGCCACCUUACAACUACCAGCAAAUAACCUGGCAAACCUGGCUAAUCUGCCUCCGGGUACCAAACUCUACCUGACCACCAACAGCAAGAACCCAUCGGGCAAAGGCAAACUGCUACUGAUCCCACAGGGAGCCAUUCUGAGAGCCUCACACAGUGCAGGCCAGCAGUCUCAGAGUUCUGGUUCUGGAGGGUCACAUUCCUCCAGUGGGUCCUCAGGGUCUAUCAGCCUGCCUUCCAAUUUAUCCUACACUUCUUACAUCCUCAAACAGACUCCUCAGGGCACGUUCUUGGUUGGCCAGCCAGGGGGCUCUGGGAAACAGAGCUCUGGUGGUCACGUGGCAUCCAGUCCUGCAUCCAGUACCCAGCAGGCCAUUCGGGUCACAGCCGGACAGAAGGCAGCCAUAUUGGCUCAGGUGUGUAACAAAGUGGUGGGUGGGUCUCAAGGUUCUCAGGUGAAGCUGUCAGAUGGCUCAGUGAAGAUGGUAACAGCUGCCGCAGCAAGUCACCUGAAUAAACCUGGCACAACAACCCUGAGAAUGACGGGAGGUGUCAUCACUGCCACAAGCUCCACACCCAGUGCCACACCCACCUCUCAACAGUCAGCAGAAGCCACUGGAGGAUCGUCCUCUCAGCCGUUCCCUCAGACGGCUAAAGCGCCACCGCAGCACCCUGUGCUUGUAGCUGCCAAUCAAGCUGCGGUGAUCAGUGCAGCCAAGAGUGCCAGCUCUGCCGCCAACUCAGCAAAGAGUUCUGCCUCUGGCACCGGUGUGGUUGUCACAGUCGCAAAGAGCGUCAACGUGCCUCUCAUUAGCCUGUCGAAGGGGGCGGGGUCGUCUGUUGUGGGCGGGGCCAAAAGCUCCAGCCCAUCACUGGUCACUGCAGCGUCACUGAUAGGUGGAGGGACGGUCAGCGGGAAAACUGCUGCCGCCAUCUCAGGUAUGUUGAAGUUGCAUCCAGCUCAGUCCAGUUCCCAGCAGACAGUUCUCACCAUCCCAGCCAAUCAGCUGAAGCAACUCAGCGUGGGCAGUGGUUCCUCAGGGCUGCAGACCAUCUUGAUGCCUGUUGGCAAAGGUAACAGCACCCUUACGGAGCACAUAGAGAACAUGACACAACUUCUGACGGCCAUCGUGAAGAAAUUCCCUCUGAUUGUCCCUGAGAAAAAUGAGGACUCUCAUCCUUUCUGUGCCACCUCUGUGGAUCAGUACUACUCAUGGAACAUUGGCAAACGCAGAGCUGCAGAGUUGCAGCGAGCAGUGGCUGUGCGCCGUGUGUGUGCUGAUCUGUUAGAGAGGACCCCUCGGCUUCAGGCCCUCACUCCACCCAGAACUAAAGAGGUGCUCCGCUGGUGCCGUCUUCGUGGUUACACGCCCCCUGACCCUGAACCUCAGCGCAUAGAGGAGGACUCCAUCGAGGACAUACUCACACAGAUCGACAGUGAACCUGAGUGCAGCUCGACUCUGACAGGCUGUGAGGAGCUGUCACAACGUCUGGAGCAACUUCAGAGGAUUCUGAAGGCGGAGCCUGAUGAGGAGGAUGAUAAGCUUCUUGACAUCAUCAGUGUGAAAGACAUAGAUGCUGCCAAGGUCAAAAUCAAACUGGAACAGGAAGAGGCCGAACAGGAACCCAAGUUCUUCUUGGGGCGCUGCCCAUCAACCCAGGUCAUCAGAGACACGGCGGAGCAGAUCGGCGUCACACUGCAGCAGGUGGAGGUGGAGAAGAAUGUUUUUGCUCCAGUCGUGGAGACCAUGAUUCUUAAGGCUGUGGAGCAGUUUGCCAGUGAAAUCCUCAGGGAGUCUUUGGCCAAUGCCUAUGGGAAAUCCCAACAACACAGAACUCCGAGAGAGAUAUCGGCUAUGGAUGUGCAUCAGGCCAUUAGCUCUAUUCCCACCUGUGAUUUUCUGACUAAUAGGUACAUGGGCAUCAUGGUGAAGGAUGAAAGCCACGCUGACUAACUUCACUCCUUGGCAUCUGACUACAAACAGACAGGUGGGCUGUCAUACAUAGACUCCUCCCCCUCACAUUCUGUAAAGGUGGAGAAUGUGCAAGGGCUGGCCAAUCACAGGUGCAAAUGCCCUCUUACUUGCCGUUGUCAUAAUAGAAGUAAGCCAUUAUUACGACAACAGCUGUGUGUUAUCUAUGAGGGUACUGAACCCAAACAGAGCUUCAUACGCCACCUGAACAGCAUUUGUUGCGUAUGGCUACAUCACUCUAUUUAUUCGUUUUUCAUGUUUCCUUUAUGAAUUCUGUGAUAUUUAUGAACUCUGGUCCAGUAUAUGUAACAGUACAAGUACAGUGUUAAUGAGCAGGUACAGUAGACAUUAUUCUAUUAUUCUACUUCUUUACUGGGACACUCAAAUCUCUGCUAAUGAAACCCCGGAUCACAUUAACCUGCUUUGCCAUUGACAGAGCUUUUGUUAGUCUUAUAGGAAUAGUUCACCCAAAAUAAUUUACUCACCCUCAUGUUGUUUAUAAUGGUGUUGGGUAAAUGAUGACAGAACUUCAGUUUUAGGCAUUUCUUUAAUCAGAAGUGCAGACAUUAAAUGAGCCACUGAACAAUUAACCGUACUGUUUUUCUGUUCUGAAAUGUCAUUAUCGAGCAGGAUUUAUUUGGAGAAGCUGAUUAGUUUUAUAUGAAAUCAUGGACUUAUAUGAGAACUUUGGGUGGAGAUUAAAUGUCCAUUUUGAGUUGCACGUCUUCACUAGGGCAAAGAAUGUCUAAGAAAAGUCUUAAUUGUGUUGUUUUCAUAUGAAUAUGAGUCAUUUUCGUACAGCUGUGGGAUAUAUGAAGGAUUGAACAGCAGUGAGUGUGCAAGUUUUAUUUCUUUUUUGUACCGUUUCUGUCAUUUGGGGGCAUUGAGAAAAAAAUGUGCAGAUAGACAGGAGGCAUUUGUGUAUUUGCUAAAACAAGCUGUCUUUUGUGUCCUCUGGUUUGGUGGGCUACUUUGUGUCAUACAGCUAGCAUCGGUUUAAACACAUCAAGAAACUUCUUCUGGUGUGUUUGUGUGGAUGGGAGAGAAUGUGUUGCUGUGUGUUAAUUCAGUGUUAAAGUCUUCACUUGUCUAACUGAACUCCUGAAUGUUUUUCCUUCACAUUGUGUUUCAAAAAAAGCUAUUCUUGUAUUAAAAAUGGUCAAUCUACCACAAAGAUGUAUCCAGCUGU